AUGGCGGUAGGCGCGCCGCCCAAGGCGCCGCCGGGCGACACGUCCAGUGCCACGGCUCCAACCACAAACUCGAAAGUCCCUCCUGGAAGUACUGCGCUUCCCCCGCCACCGCCUCAUCCAGAGACCAUGAUCACCGUCAACAUCAAAUCCAUCAUGCAGAAAGUUCCGGAUACCAAAGUACAUAUUCGUCGCGAUGCCCCUGCCCGGGACCUGCACCAAAUCGUCAGCGAAAAAAUGGAUAUUGGCGUCGACAAGAUGACGCUCAUCUACAAUGGAGCGGAAGUUCGGAACGACGAGCAACCGCUGUCCAACUAUGGCCUCAAGAAUGGAGCCAAUGUUACGGUCAACGUGAAGCUGUCUUCUGGCGGGGGGCUAGCGGGAAAUUCGCGCGGGACCACUUCGCUAGUCUUCCUGUUGCCACCGAUGAUUGUUCCAAAAGAUGUGGGCGAUGCCCGGAUCACCGUUCGGGGUGUAAAUCGUCGUCCCCCACGCGCCCCCAAAAGCCCCAACCCCGAGCCACCCAGCAUGAAUUCGAAGCAGAAGCACGAAGAGCAUGAGAAGACGCGUACGCGCAUGAAGGUAUUCAUUGCCGAGGUGGUGCAGAGCGUUACAGAUUUUAAUGAAGCGCCGUGGGAUGAUGAGGACUCGCAGCUUGUCCGCCGAACCGACAGCUCGACGAUUGGGACACCGAGUGAGCCGGUGACCGGGGAACUGAGCCGUCCCUUUGACAUGAUGGCGGCCAGCCCGAUGCAGUCGACGACAUCAAUCACGUCUUCUUCCGCUGGUUCGCCCGCCAACACGCCAGAAUAUCGGCCUGUCACUGAUAAGGAGUUGCUGCUCUAUUUCCCGUGCGCCGAGACAGAGGCCGAGCUGAACGUGAUGCGCAAUGAUCUCUUCACCCCGCCCCAGAACUUAAAGGAGUUGAAGCAAAUCCGUUCGGAACGCGAGAAGGCGUGCAACCGUCGCCUCUCGUUGGCCCAGCAGGAGCAAAAGUGCAAGUGCGAGCGGGCCUUCUGCUACAAGCAUGUCGAGCCUGAGCAGCACAACUGCCCCAUCGACUACAAGAAUACCGGGCGCAGCAAAAUCCAGAAGGAGAACCCGAAGGUCGAGGCUGGCGGUGCGCGCAAGGCCCGCGACGAA